UUCUUCAUCACCUCCGCCGCGGCGUCGCGCUGUCUCUCCGGUAGCGCUCGGGGGCUCGACAUCGACCCGCCCCCAGAGCGGCCGCGAGGGGUGGCGCGUCCUCGCCGUCGGCCUCUUCGUCUUCACCACCGCGGCGUCACGCCGCCUCUCCGAUAGCGGUCGGGGGCUCGACAUCGACAUGCCCCCGGAAUGGCCGUGAGGGGCGGCGUGACCUCGCCAACGGCCUUGCCUCCUUCACCACCACCGCAAUUCCGACCGCCCGUUCGCACGCGCCACGCGCGGGGCCUUGUUUCGGUUGGUGGUGUCCAUCCACGCGCCGUUCGCGUAUGCUUUCCGCCGCGUUGAGCCUUGCUCCGGCCGACACGCGCGCUGGCUCCUCCAUAUAUCAUCUAUGCUAGCUAGCUAGACCGAAGUCAAACAAUGGUCAAACUAUGACCAUACACUCCUUGUACACUAGCUUGAUGUAAAUCGUACACAACCCGGAUAAUCCCCGUACCAUGGUCAGAUAAUAGCCAUAUGGUAGUCAGACGAUUGCCGUAUACUGCUGAUACACAUCCCAGACAUUGGGUACGCACGCACCUCUGCUCAUCCUCUUAUGCGUCGUCGCCCCUGCGCUUCGGCUGUCCUUCCACGAGAGUUGGCGCGGCUCCUCGCUGGCCGGCGCGGCCCGCGGAGCCCCCGCGCGUUGAUCCGUUUCCCGCGUCGGCGCCCCUGUGCGCUGGCCGGGCCGGGUGCUCCUCGCCUAGUACCCCGCUGCACUCGCCAGCCGCCGGGUCCGCGUUGCUCCUCAUCUGCGCCACGCCCCGCGCUCAGCCGCCCCCACACUCGGCUGUGCUCCUCCGGCUCCGUGCCCGCGCCUCGGCCUCCGGCCUUGCCUGCGCGGCCGGCUUCUCCGUCCCCGCGCCGGCGCGCCACUCCCGUUCCGCCUUGCGUGCGCUCGCAGUUGGGCUCGCCCGCGUCCACGCGCCUGGCCCGGCUGGCCGCUGCCGCGCUCUGCCUCCUCCCCGCGGGCUGGCUGCCGGCUGCGCCUCAUCGCCUCCCCACACCGGCUCCGCGCCCGGCUACGCCACUCCCCUCCGCCUGCGUGCGCCCCUGUGGCCGCCUGCUCCGCCCCCGGGUCGCCCCGUGGCCGCCUGCUCCGCAUCCGGGUCACCGUGCCGGCCUGCCGGCUUCCCCGCCUCCCGGCCUGACGGCUCCGCCUUCCCGGGCCGCCUGCCCCGCGGCUGGGGACGGGCGCCCCUGCCGCCUCCGGCCAUCCGGCUCCCGCGGCCGCCUAGCUCAGCCGGCUGCCGCCCCUCCCCGGGCCAGGCUCGGCCUCCAACAGCACCGCGACGCCGGCCCCGUCGCCCUCCGCCUGCUCCGUCCACGCCACGACACCGAGCGCGCCUCCCCUCCCACUUGCUCCUCCGCCUGGGCCGCGUGCCCGCGAUGGCCCGGUCGUCUGCGUCGCAUCCCGUGGGUAGGCCGGCCUCCUCCAGCCACUCCUCCUCGCCCGAGCUGCUGUUGUCCGGCUUCCUCCGCCUCCCGCGCGACCCGGCCGGCCGGCUCCCGCGCUCACCGGUUUCCCUGGAACCCGGCCCCGUGCCGGCUCGGCCUCGCCGCCUCCAGCCGGCGACCCGGCGUUUGGCCGGCUUCGCCCGCCAACCCGGCGACCCGGCGCUUGGCCGGCUCCGCCCGCCAACCCGACGACCCGGCGCUUGGCCGGCUCCGCCUCGCAUCUCGGCCACCUCUCCGUCCCGCGCCACUGCUGGUCCUCUGACGGGCUCGUGCGCGCCGGCCGCUGCCGGGUCUGGCUCCGCCCGUCCUCGCAACCGCGCGGCCGCGUCUCCCGCGACCAGCUCCGCCUUCGCCCUCGCCGGCCCCGCCCCGUGUCGGGCCUCCUCCAGCCGGCCGCGGCUCCGGGCAGCCUCUCGCCCCGCGCGCCUCGCACGCCCGUCCGGCUCUGGGUGGCCGGCUCGCCGCCCCGCCUCCGCCAGCACCCGGCGCGCAUCCUCCGGCCCACGCUGCUCGCUGCUGCCGCCUUCUGCGAGCGGAAAAAGAAAGAAGAAAAAAAUAUGUGUGUGUAUCCGGCUGCCCAGAGUCGGGUGAAGAAAGGGCCGGGUGCCCACGGCCGGCUUGCUACAAAAAGAAAAAAAAAUUGUGUGUAUCCGGCUGCCCAGAGUUGGGUGAAGAAAGGGCCGGGUGCCCACGACCGGCUUGCUGCAAAAAAAAAAGAAAAAAAAUGCGUCCGACUGCCAGAUAUGCGUCCGACCGUUGGCUACCUGGCCGGCUGCAAAGAGCCCGACUGCCGUGUCGGGGUCCGCCCUUCAGCCGUCUGAAGAAGAAAAAGAAGACAAGGUAGUUGCCGGAAGAUCCGGCCCGACUGCUCAGCAGUCGGCCCGAAUCUCGGGGGCUACACCCAGCGGGUGCGCUGACGCGCCCCCGCGAGAAAGAAGAAAAGGUAGUUGCCGGAAGAUCCGGCCCGACUGCUCAGCAGUCGGCCCGAAUCUCGGGGGCUACACCCAGCGGGUGCGCUGACGCGCCCCUGCGAAGAUGAAGACAAAGUAGCUGCCGGAAGAUCCGGCCCGACUGCUUAGCAGUCGGCCCUACACCCAGCAGGUGCGCCGGCGCGCUCCGCGAGCGCCGAGUCGCGCCGGCAGUCUUCAACAACCGCGACUACACGAAAAUCAAUAUGACGGAUCCCAGGAGCCAGACGACACCACUGAAGACUAAUGCUACCCCGAGGGUUCCUACUACUACGUGACGGCCGCUGACGACUUGGAGUAGUUAGGAGGCACCCAGGCAGGAGGCCUUGC